AUGUCUGGGUCCGAGAAUCGAGCCAGUCCCAAGAAGAGUAAAGAGACAGCUGUGGACCUGCUAGGCCUAGAUGCUCCAGAUGGUUGUGGAAAAGUCAAUGAUGAACUGGACAUUUUUGGACCAAUGGUCUCAAACCCUCUCCCUUCCUCCAAGAACACACAGCAGUCUGAGAUAGGUUCCAGUGCUGUGCCUCAACUAUCAGAUCCCUCCACCUCUUCAUCUUCUUCCUCUACCUCCACCUGUACCGCCACAAAGGCAGAGGAGAAGAAGCUGUUAUCCAAAGAUUCCAUACUGUCUCUGUAUGCCAGCAGCUCCGUGGGCAGUCAGCCUCAGAGCCAGCAACAACCUGCCACUGGGCAAGGUGUGUACAUGGCCCAGACUCAGGUUCCACAGCAGGGCUUCAACACUUCAAUGGGAGGAGGGGCCAUGAUGGCAGGUGCGACGCUCCCCAAUGGCAGCUAUGCGGGCAUGCAGCAGAAUGUGAUGGCAGCCAAUGAAGGACAGAACAUGUACAGCAUGCAGCAAGGACAGUGGAGUGUGGGGCAGUUAUCUCAGCAGAUGGCGGGCAUGGCCACGAGCGGCGGAGCGCCGCCGCCACCAGCACCAGCAGCAACAGCACCAGCAGCAACUGGUUGGCCAGUAGCUCCAGCGGCGUCUGGUCAGACCCUCAGCACUCAGCUGUGGAAGUAAGACGCAUCCUGAAGCCUACGAACAGCCAACAUGACAAUUACAACACAGCUGCCAUGUUCUGUCUUAAUUGGAUCUCUUUUCGAUUUCAUGUUGGUGCUGUGACAAAAAAAAGAGCACUAUUGUAACGUUAUGAGAUAAUAUUGAGACAAUUAUUAGUCAUUGAGUGUGUACAGUAGAUAUGUGUGGUGCUUGGUCUUUGCUAGGCUCUCCUCUGUCUGUCGUACCAACCUGGUCUUCUCUAAACCGCCAGCAUAGCCUUGUGAGAGGUAAUAGUCUGACUUGUAGUGUUUGUGUCACCCUCUAACUUUAUCAGGGCCAAGGUGAAGGAUUAGUGCUGCACUAGUUUGUCUUCAGCGUCACUAGAAGUCAACUUUGAGAGCGGCCAUGAACAUAGAUGAGUGUAAAGAUGUCCAUAUCAUGACUUUAACAACAUAUCAGGACGUUUAAAGACACUGCAUGUACAGUAGUACCUCGGUUUUUGUUAGUAAAGGUCCGACAAAGAUUUAAUCCUAUUAAAUCCAACAAUCUGUUCCAGAUACUCCAAAAUAUGAACACAAAACACAUUUUAAGGAAAAGUAUUAUAGUUUUCCAUGCAGAAAAGAACAUGAAAUCCAAAAAAAUUAUGAAUUUCAAAACUCUUAUUGGCGAAGACAGCGAGGGACCACACAAACGCCAUGUUCGUACUUUGUUACGAGUUCUUUUGAAUACCUUAUUUAUCAAAGUGCUGGCACUUGCAACUUUCUUUGGCCCCAUGGUGGAUUACUUUGCAGCUGUGCUCAAUGAAAUAGAAACGUGUGGUGUGACUGUGUUUGUUAGCAAAGAACUACAGAUUUAACAGGUGAUGAUGUCAAAGAGGGAGAAUGACUUGUGGGUGAAGAGUUGAGAGCUAACAAACAUUUUGUAACAAAAAAACAUUACGAACAUGAAUACACAAUAACAUGGUCUACUAAUAUCUAAAUUACAAGUUCUAAACAGUAUGUGCAAACUAAAACAUUGUGGGCCUGAUCUACUAAAGGUGUGCGUGUAUUAGAACAAGUGCAAACUUGAUAGCACACACAAAGCUGGUCGACUAAUCAGAAUCAGAAUAGUUUUUAUUGCCAUUGUUUGAGAACGGGUUCACUAACUAGGAAUUUUUCUUGGUGCAAUCGUGCAACAUAAAACACAUAUAACACAGAAUAGGUAAUAAAAUGAGCUGUAACUGAACUAUCAGAUCUUGUUAUUGUUCAUGUGCCU